UGUACCCGGUAGGGGAAACGUUAGCUAUUUAACAUUAACAAUCGCUGUUAAAGGUCAACACCCUUUUGUUUUGAUUGUAAACUGUGAAAGAACUUCAAAACAAAAGUUAGGACUCUUCUAUCACAGUGGAACAUCAUGUCGGAGGAUAACAACGCAGACAUAUUCAUCAAGGAAACCUCCAUCUUGGAGGAGUACAACAUCAACUGGACACAGAAGCUCGGGGCUGGGAUCAGUGGACCUGUUCGAGUUUGUGUUAAGAAGUCGACUCAGGAACGACUGGCCUUGAAGAUCCUCAUUGAUCGUCCCAAGGCCAGAAAUGAGGUGCGGCUUCACAUGAUGUGUGCCACACACCCCAACAUCGUGCAGAUUAUGGAGGUGUAUGCCAACAGUGUGCAGUUUCCUCACGAAUCCACUCCAAGAGAGAGGUUACUGAUCGUCAUGGAGAUGAUGGAGGGAGGUGAGCUGUUCCACAGGAUCAGUCAGCACAAACACUUCACAGAGAAGAUGGCCAGCCAGGUCACGAAACAGAUUGGCCAGGCACUGGAACACUGUCACUCACUGAAUAUUGCACACCGAGACCUGAAACCAGAGAACCUGCUCUUCAAGGAUAACUCCCUGGAUGCACCGGUGAAGUUGUGCGAUUUUGGAUUUGCCAAAAUCGACCAGGGUGACUUGAUGACCCCACAGUUCACGCCUUACUACGUUGCACCUCAGGUACUUGAGGCUCAAAGGCGACACCAGAAGGAAAAGUCUGGAAUAAUACCUACCUCACCGACCCCCUACACUUAUAACAAGAGCUGUGACCUGUGGUCCAUUGGGGUGAUCAUCUAUGUGAUGCUGUGCGGCUACCCUCCCUUCUACUCCAAGCACCACAGCCGCACCAUCCCCAAGGACAUGCGCAAGAAGAUCAUGACGGCCAGCUUCGACUUCCCCGAGGACGAGUGGAGCCAGAUCUCUGAGAUGGCCAAGGACAUUGUUCGCAAGCUGCUGAAGGUGAAGCCUGAGGAGAGGCUGACCAUCGAGGGGGUUUUGGAACACCCCUGGCUGAACUGCACAGAGGCUCUGGACAACGUGCUUCCUUCCGCCCAGAUGAUGAUGGACAAGGCGGUGGUAGCUGGGAUCCAGCAGGCCCAUGCUGAACAGCUGGCUAACAUGAGGAUACAGGACCUUAACGUCAGCCUCAAGCCUCUCCACUCCGUCAAUAACCCCAUCCUGAGGAAAAGGAAGCUCCUAGGCAGCAAGCCGAGUGAUGGCUUCUUCAUCCAUGACCCAGAGAACGGCGGUGAGAACUCCAACGUGGCCCUGGAGAAACUACGAGACGUCAUCGCUCAGUGUAUCCUCCCACAGGCUGGGGAGAAUGAGGAUGAGAAGCUGAAUGAGGUGAUGCAUGAGGCUUGGCGUUUCAACCGGGACUGCAAACUGCUGCGAGACGGGCUGCAGGGCCUCAGCUGGGACGGACGGGCCUUUACUGACAAAGUGGAUCGCUUGAAGUUGGCUGAAAUAGUGAAGCAGGCCAUAGAGGUAAAGACACAUUUGCAAGACUGUCAGUAGCAAGUGCUGUCUUACCUUUUUUGUAGCGUUUUAUUAGAACAGUUUUUAGCCAAUGACUGUAGAGGCAUUUUUAUGUGACUUGACAUGCUAAAACCUAUAGCAUUUCUUUUCAUGUACUCACUUGCAAGACUAUUGUACAGCUGUAGAUAUUCAAGAGGACUUGUUUGUACUAUACUGUUUUUUUAUGAACUGCAAAUAACAUACAAUCCUUAUAUAUUUUAGUUUUUGCAAAAAAGAAAUACUUAGUUUUUUUUCUGUACCCACUGGGAGGGAAUUUUUCCAAGCUGCUUGACCAGGAUGUCCACAGUGAUGUGUUUUAAUCUCACUUGUUUUUAUUUGAUUCUUAUUUCUUUACCUUUUAACAAUGCUAAAAAUAGUAUUUAUUUAUCAAAGAAAUCCUUAUUUUUGACCAUGAAGCCAAAUGUUUAAGUCUGUCUGUUGAACAAUAGAGGCUCUAAAGCAGACCCGAGGAACUAGGUCUAAGCUCCGUUUCUCCACCCACUGGGUGGGUGGUUUGUGUUCCAGGGAGGGGUAGGGAGUGGCCCCUCAGUGACAGUGUGAGGUUCACUGGGGGGGGGGUUCUGCUCUCGAAUGACAGAAAAUAUUGAAACGUGCUCUUCAAUCUACUGGAUAUCAGCAACAGUCAACAGUGCAAUAGUCAUUUAAGGCAUGUGCAUAAUUUGUACAUAUGUUGUAUUUACAUUCAUAUGCAUACAUUUACAUGUUAUAUAAUAUGUAUAUUUAUGUAUGUAAAGUAUUAUUCAUGGCUAAUGUGGACCCUCCCCAUUUCUUCCUGUGGUAAUGAGUACAGAGCAUAGUACACCAAACUAAACUGAUCAAAAGAGGCAAUGCAGGUUCUCUAAUAUAGUACUUGACUAUUUGAUAGUUGUAUUUGUUUUCCUAUUUAAACAUUCUCAAAUGUAUACAUUUGAACCUUCCAUGGAUAAAGUCUUAGCCUUGCUUGCACAUGAGGCGAAUAACGUUUAUUUCCUAAUUGUUUCGAUUUUCUUCAAAAUCGAUGAGCUGAAUGCAUCGACUCCGUUUGUCCAAGAUGGCAUGUGCUCCUCUCACAUUCAAGUGUAUUGGGCAAGGGUUGGUGCAAUGGAAAUGCAUAUUUUGCCAUUGUAAGACUGUUGCCCUACAUUUUUAUUUGGUCAAAACAAUGACUGCAAGCAUUUCUGUGUAUGUCAUUUUGUUUGUUUUGGAGGCCUAUCAUGAAUCAAUGCUGAAGUUGUCCUCCAAACAUCUGCAACAUGAAUGUGUCAUGGCUGUUAACUGUUUCAUGGCAACAUAUAGCCUCCUAACUCAGGAUAACAAUGCAUUCAUAAUCACAAAUAACACUUGCUCAUCUUUGUGUGAAAAUACCCAAUGAUACAAAGUUUCUUCAACGCACAAGAUCAGGGCUCGUAUUCAGAAAGCGCCUGUUUCCUCUGCCCAAAUCAUCUGAAAGGCUAAACUGACCCUGAUUGGCCCUCCUACACUAUGAAUACAGGCCCUGAUGUCUAGACUGGUUUUAUAUCCUCUGCUGCCUGAGAGAAAUAUUAAGAGUGAGAUGGAGAAAAGGUACUAUUCUCCCUUCAUUUGCGUUUUGUACAUGAGCAUAUAGUCAGUCACCUGGAAGUGAGAAUUUAAAUAGCUCCUAUUCGGUAGCUGGAGAGCAUGCCUCGUCAGACACUGUUGAAGUAGUUCCUAAGUCCAUAUCUGCAAAAGAUCCAGGCAGCACCUAUGGUUGCAUCUCAAAUGGGUCCCUAUAGUGCCACUAUAAAAACUUGCCAAUGCUAUUACAUCCUUCUCUGUUCCAUAUUUCCUCCGGUUGUCUCGUAUGUACAUGCAUACGUUAAAUUAAAAAAAGUUCAUUGGGAACAAGGUCCAACCCGAAACAUGACUUCAGCUGUUAACCCAACCCUUCUGAAUUUGUGUGUGUGUGGGGGGCUGCCACAUUUGGCACCCGGGGUGUAAAUUUGGGG